AUGCUGCCCGUAGCUUCGCUCACCCACCUCCUACUUGUCUCCUCCGUCCUUCUCCUCCUGUUUGUCAGCAAUCUUAGGGCAGAGCCUGUGGUGAUCGACACGCACUCAGCUCGUGGGCGGAUCACCGUUGCGGAUCGGAACUACGAGGUCGGGGAAGAAGUGCUAGCAGAGGCUGCCUCCUUGGUAUGGCCUGCCAACUCGGACUCCUCCUUCGUCCUCAAGUUUCUCGAGGGAGGGGAGGAGGAGAGGGAGGCUAUCUUGCAGCUCGCUCACUUGCCGACUGAUGCCAAGACGGAGAGGAUAGCUCGACUUCGUGCGGCAGCGGAGGAGGUGUACGACAGCAUGCGGGAGAGGAUGGAAGCAGCUGGGUGGGAGGAAGAGGAUGUCCACAGGCUGCUGAUCAUCAAGGACACUAACUGCUUCCCUUUCUACGGGAGGAGGGCCAGCGGGUACGAGGAGGGAACGAGCGUCGGAGCGGAUCGCCUUGCGCUGUUCCCGCGCUGCGCUAAAGUGAACCAUAGCUGCCGACCCAACGUGAUGUUCUCCUCGCAGACGGAGGACGGGAAGCUGCGGCUGAUAGCGAUGAGGAGGAUCGAGCGAGGAGAGGAAGUGACCUUCUCUUAUCUCGGGGAGGACGGUGACGUAAUGAGCAGAGAGGAGCGGAGGGAAAGGAUGAGGGGAAAGGAUUUCCUUUGCUCCUGUGCGAGGUGUGAAGGGGUCGACGAUGUCAGAGGGAUCCGAUGCCCUGCUUGCGGCAUCAUCCGAUAUCCGCUGCCUGAGACGGCGGCGAAGGAGGAGGAGGAGGCUGGGAGCGCGGGUGGGGUGGUGGAGAGGGAAAAGUGGACGGCCUGCCGGUGUGAGGGGGAGGGCGGAGGGGAUUCAGUCAGAGAUCUGGUCGAGUGGGAGGAGGAGGCGGGGAGGAGGAUGCUUCAGUUCCUCGGCAAGUGCAGAGACUUCGAUAGGCAGCUUCCUGACCCGCGAGAGCUGGAGGAGAUGGUGAAGGAGGCCCAAGGGAAACUGUCUCCCUCCCACUUCCUCGUGGCGCAGGGACAGGAGCUGCUGGCAAAAGUCUGGUCCUCGUAUGCACAUAGGAUGGAGAAGCGGGAAGACUUUGUGGCUCCCUUCCUGCUUUCCUCCCGAGAUUGCCGAGGACGCGCUGCCCGGAGUUUCUUCCUGGCGAUCCGAGUGAGGGAGGAGCUGGAGGAGAAGUGGGAGGAGGGGAGGGAGUGCAGCAAGGAGGAGACGGGAGUGAACAGCAAGAGGGGAGGGGAGGAGGGAGGAGGGAGGAGGGAGGGCGGCGAGAGGGCGGUCUUCUCCUGCACGAGGUUGGCAUUCAGCGCAGCAGAGAAUCUGAUGAGGAGCGAGAUGAAGGAAUGGAGGGAAGAGGCGGAAGACGUCACGAGGUACGUCAAGAUGAUGAAGAGAAGAUACGGGGAGGACGACGAAGAUGUGAGGAAGAUUGAAAGAUUUGUCAACGAGCUGAUAGUUUGA